AUGACAUCGAUUUUUGACCAGUACGAGCAGGCAUCUCAAGUAUCUCAAAAAGUAGUUCCAGCUUCUGAGCAAAUGACUUCAUCGGGUUACAUCAAUAUGCAGCUUGAAGACAAUACACCCCUUUUUUCCAAACAGAGGAUGAAUUUUAAUCCUUCAGACUUGAUUACUCAUGUAGCAGUUGCAAGUGACUAUUUAGUUUUAGCUAUGGCCAAUGGAAAAUUGUUUCGGAUGGAUUUAAAAAUGCCUGAUCAACAAGAAGAAAUUCAAUACACGAAGAUCAUUCAACCAAAUUCUAGAUUAACAGCAAUAUUUCUUGAUCCACUGGGUUACCACCUACUACUAGCCUUUGCAGCUAGAAAUAAAGAUGGUAGCCCAGAAUUGGUUUAUCUUCAUCGCAAGAGUACUAAAUUGAAGUCUGUAAGUAAAUCAAGAAACUAUGAAGUAACAGAAGUUGGUUGGAAUUAUGAGAAUAGAUCUACAUCAACUACAGGGCCAAUAUUACUUGGUACAUCUCAAGGACACAUACUGGAGAUGGAGCUAGAAGCUGACAGUGAUAAAAUGUUUACUGCUAGCCAGCAAUAUUGGAGACAGCUACCCAAUUAUUUACCACUGUAUGGAGGAAAGGAGAUUGAUGGUUUGAUUUUUGACAUUGGCAAAGGAACUGAUACACCAAUUACUGGUAUACAAUUUCACAGAGUAAACAACACAAGCAAAUACUUUAUUUUUGUUACCACACCAACUCGACUCUAUCAGUUUAUAGGCCAUGCCAUGAUCUCUGAUGAUAAACCAUCCCUACAAUCCAUUUUCCACUCUUAUCUGACAACUCCAGAAACUGGUUUUCAAGAAAUUCCAUCCACAUUGAAGUAUUCCAAGCUACAGUUUUAUUUUGAUAAAAGCAAUGAACCUAAAACUUUUGCAUGGCUUACGGAACCAGGAAUAUUUUAUGGACAGCUGGAUCCUUCAUCUCAACAAAACUCUAAUUCUCUAUUUACACAAGGUGAACUCAUCAAUUAUCCUACUGAUAAAGGUGCUGGAAAAGAAUCAACUCCCUUGUCAUUUGUAUUAACCGAGUUUCAUGCUUUAGUCAUGUACUCUGAUGGAGUUAAGAGUGUGUCUCUUCUCAAUCAAGAGCUUGUCUAUGAAGAUCGGUAUAAUUCAGAAGUACACGGAAAGCUAAAAAACAUUGUCAAAGAUUCUGUUAGACGUACCAUUUGGGCCGUUACCGACAAAGCCGUGUUUAGAUAUAAGGUUAAUAGAGAAGAUAGAAAUGUCUGGCGAAUUUAUUCUGAUAAAGAACAGUUUGAUCUUGCUAAGCUGUAUUGCCAGAAUAACCCAGCUUACAUAGACAUCAUAAACGUCAAACAAGCGGACUUGCUAUUCACAAAGGGUGACUAUGAAAAGAGCGCAGAGAUUUUUGCGGAAACUCAAAGCAGUUUUGAAACAAUAUGCCUCAAAUUUCUAGAAGUUCAUCAGAUUAAUGCUUUAAAAGUAUAUCUGAGCAAACGAUUAGAUGCCUUAACUGAUGACGAUAAGACACUUAUCUCUAUGAUAGUGAUUUGGAUGACUGAAUUGUAUGUAUCACAGCUAGCGUCUUUGAGACGCUCAGGAAAGGAUAAUUCUCAAGAAUACCAUCAAUUUCAGAGUGAUUUAGAGGUGUUUCUUCUUCAACCAAAAGUGGUACAAUGUAUGCAACAUGUAAAAUCAGUUGUGUAUGACCUACUGUCCUCAUAUGGGGACAAACAGAAUCUUAUCAAACUGACGGUUAUUAAUGAGGAUUACGAAAAUGUAGUCGCUCAACAUAUUUAUAAGAAGUCAUAUCAGGAGGCGUUGAAUAUGCUGCAAUCUUUGAAGAAACCCGAGUUAUUUUAUCAAUUUGCACCAGUAUUAAUGGAAGAGACUCCAACAGAGACAGUGAAUGCGUUGAUUUCGCAAGGAGCAAAGUUGAGUCCCUCUAAAUUGCUUCCCGCGUUUUUAUCCUGUGAAAAUGAUGACAAGCACGCAUCGGAGAUAACACGAUAUCUAGAAUUUAUGUUGCAGAAUUUCAACGUGAAGGAUAAAGCAAUACAUAAUUAUCUAUUCACGUUAUACGUUGAAACGGAUAAACCCGCUUUGAUGCGGUAUUUGUCACGACAGGGACGGGAUAUCACUAUGGUGAAUUAUGACGUGCAUUACGCAUUACGUCUGUGUCGUGAGAACGGUUUAUCAGAGGCGUGUGUCACUUUAUCAGCUCUGCUAGGACUCUGGGAGGCCGCGCUAGAAUUGUCUCUACAGGUUGAUAUAUCUCUCGCAAAGUCUGUGGCUGCGAUGCCGGAAGAUGUUAGCUUGCAGAAGAGAUUGUGGCUUAGUGUGGCUGAACACAUAAUAACAAAGAACCAGGAUAUAAAAGAGGCGAUGCAAUUGUUAGAAGAAUGUUCUCUUAUCAAGAUUGAGGAUAUACUUCCGUUCUUCAGCGACGUCACCACCAUUGAUCACUUUAGUGAACCUAUCUGCCAGUCUUUAGAGGAAUACAACAAUCAAAUAGAGGAGUUGAAGCUUGAAAUGGAGGAUGCCACGAAAUCCGCGGAAUGUGUUCGCAAUGAGAUACAAUCGUUCCGUAAUCGUAGCGUACUAGUCUCGGUGACAGACGUAUGCUGCGUGUGUGACAUCGCGUUGUUGUUGCGGCCUUUCUAUCUGUUCCCGUGCGCUCAUCGUUUCCAUACGGAUUGUCUUCUUGCGCAAGCGCAGCCUAUCCUUGCCCCCGCGCGUCGCAACAAAUUAACGGAUCUCCAACGACAACUAGCAGUCUUGUCAAACGUUGAACUGUCAACAGUGACAUCUAGCGGACUCCCCUUACGUGAAGUACUUCGGAGUGAGAUAGACGACAUUGUGGCUAGUGAAUGUGUGCUCUGUGGAGAACAUAUGAUAGCCAGUAUUGAUCAACCAUUCAUUGCAGAUCAAGAUUGGGAUCGGGUUAUGAAGGAAUGGGAAUGA